ACAUACCCUAUUUUGACAAUCAGCUGAAUUUGUGAUGUUUAAAGUUAAUCAGAAGCGAAAAAGUUUAUGAUAAAAGAGUUUAUAUUUUCAUCAACCGAUAAGUUAGAAAAUACGCCUCCAAUAUGCUGGUUCUUGUUCUCGGUGAUCUUCAUAUCCCACAUCGGUGUGCCAGUUUACCGGCGAAAUUCAAAAAGUUAUUGGUACCAGGACGUAUUCACCAUAUACUUUGCACAGGCAAUCUUUGCACAAAGGAAACCUACGAUUACCUGAAGACAUUGGCCAAUGACGUACACAUCGUUCGCGGAGAAUUUGAUGAAAAUUUGAGUUACCCCGAGCAGAAGGUAGUUACAGUUGGACAGUUUCGAAUUGGACUGUCACAUGGACAUCAGGUUGUGCCCCGUGGCGAUCCAGAAGCUCUAGCAUUGAUUCAGCGUCAAUUAGAUGUAGAUAUAUUAAUAUCGGGUCAUACAUAUAAAUUUGAAGCUUAUGAACAUGGAAAUAAAUUCUAUAUCAACCCCGGUUCUGCUACUGGUGCUUUUAACCCUCUAGACGUAAAUGUAAUACCAUCUUUUGUACUUAUGGAUAUUCAAAGUACAACUGUUGUGACAUAUGUAUACCAACUUAUUGGCGACGAAGUGAAAGUCGAGCGCAUUGAAUACAAAAAAAUCUAAUGUGGCUGAUAUUGGAUUGCCCUUUGCGAACACUCCCUCAGAUUUGUUAAAUACGGCCAAUAUUCACAUCAUUAUACUUCUUAUUUGUAAAUGUAUGUACACAUGUACAUUUAUAAAUUAUAUUAAUGUUAUGAAAAUAUAUAUUCCUAUAAAAAUGUA